UUGUAAUCAGAACAUGAUCUUGUAUGCUGUGCAGCCUGUGCACAGGCUGUCUGAUGUCUGCUGCUUCAGCUCUGCUUUGGGGUCUGCCCAGCUCCAACACUGAUGUCCAGUAUGCAAAGAACAGUUGGAUCCUGAAUAUUUUGAAAUGGACAAUGGGCAUGAAAAGGAUUUAAUAUCAGAUGGGGAAAUUAAAAAGAAAGAACAGAAAGAUGUUGAACUGGAUAAAAGGAUCCAAGCUUUGAGGAAAAAGAAUGAAGCAUUAAUCCGCAGAUACCAGGAAAUUGAAGAAGACAGAAAAAAUGCAGAGAAAGAAGGCAUGGCGAUCACAUCCCGAAAACCCAAACAAGAAAGUCUCACCAUUACCAUUACAAAAGAACCCAAUGAGAAAAGAUCUGUUAGCGAGACACGGAAAAGCUCCAGCGACAAUGAAGAGGAGGGGCAUAAAUUUACAUUUUCCAUGGUAAACGAAAUGCAGCUGGAGAUAACUAUGGACCGCAAAGUUAAGGGCAGGCAAGUGGCCAAGAAGAAGGUGGACCAAGAUUGCCUUCAAUCCACCAAAGAUUCCUCUGGUUUAAGUAUGGAGGAGGUUGACCAUUUAUUUACAUACGGAAGAGGACGGCGAAUGCAGAUUGCAGUCACAUUAGAGAAGGCUGGACACGUAGUUAAUAAGAAGUUGGACCAGGAUUAUCUUCACGAAAAAAAAGAUACCUCUGGUUUAAGUGUGGAACAGGUUGACCAGGUGUUUGCUUAUGGAAGAGGACGGAGAAUGCAGCUUGCUGUUGCAGCAGAGAAAGAACAGAAAAGUGAUGGGACAUUGAAAGAUGGAGUAAAGAAGUCCGUUAGCAGAGAUCAAAAUAAAGUGCUGGAAGAAAAGUGUGACACAGUUAACUCCGAUUCAACCUUGACUAUGGCUGAACGGGAGCGUGCAGAGUACCUUCAGUGGAAAAAAGAGAGGGAGAAAAUUGACCUUGAGCGAAUUGCGCGGCACAAGAAUUCAAGAGGAGAGUGGAGACGCGCCUGGGAUGCCCAUAAAACUGAAAAUAUGUUUGAAAAUGACUCCAAACAGGAGGAUAGAGUUUGUAUCCGAAAAGGAGAUUGGGGAAACAGAAAGUUUCCAAAUCGCCGGUCUGUGACAGAUAAUAAAGGUGCUGAAAAACCAGUGUCGGUGAAUGAAGAUGUAACCAAUAUUGUACCGGCUAUAGGCAGUGCCGCUAAAGGAACAGACCGCCUCACUGGCAGAGCCCAAAGGUGGGGCAGUGCAGAGGGAAGCGAUUCUCCCUACUUGUUGGAUGAGCUCUCAACACAGGGAGGUCCAGAUUUUGGAGAAACACAAAAGCAUUCACAGCUGCCUUUCAUGGAACGUAAAUGUUCUAGUCUUGAAAAUCACGACCCAAUAAGACAACAGAGGGCAUCGGGAGAUAAAGAAAAAAUAACCAGCGGAUCCCUGAAGCUCGGUUCUUGCUAUGUUGAUUCUCCUCUGAAAAAGAAAACAUACCCAGAUUGUGGGAAAACAGAGUCUCUUGAAGAUGAAUGGUACCUUCCACUGCAGUUAAAGCAAGAGGAGAAAUAUUGCUCAGGUUUACCCUCAGUGGGUAUAGACACAAUCGAAUAUCUGUCGGUGUUUAAUAGCGACAGUGAGGCAGUGAGCGUUGCCAAUCUAAAGGAUGAGCAGACAUUACUGGUGAAAGAGGCAAAUCAACAUCUUGGUGACAAAAGCAGAGAUCGCCAUAAUAAAACACAAGUAGGUUGCUUUUAACAACAACUCCUCCAAUAAAGCACAAUCUGAUUGCACUUCCCAUUGAUAGCGACUGCGUAAUCCGACGUUCCAUUUAGAAUACUUAGAUCAUCAAGCAGAAGAAUGAAGAGAUACGUUUAAUAU